AUGUUGCUGGUGUUCUUCUUUUCCUCCGUCAUCUAUGUCUUGGAAUCAGAAAGUGGCAACAUUGAGAGCAUGCCACGUGCAAUUUGGUUCACGAUGGUGACUCUGAGCACCGUGGGCUACGGGGACGUCGUUCCGGUUUCAACUUCCGGAAACAUCGUGGUUUGUGUUCUCAUCGUGGUGUCGGCCAUCUACAUGGCGAUGCCCAUCGGCAUUGUCGGGAAGGCCUUCGGUUCUGUUUGGGACGACCGGCACCGACUCCUGCUCAUGCAGCGACUGAGGACGCGAUUUGCAACUGUCGGAUAUGAUCCACAGGAUAUACCCGGCCUGUUCUGCAACUACGAUGAGAAUGGUGACGGCGAGCUAUCGAUGGACGAGUUCCGUCGCAUGCUUCAGCAGUUAGAGGUUGAAGCAAAAGACGAGCGUGCCCAUGAUGUUUUCCAAGCUUUUGACAAUGAUGGAAGUGGAGCGAUUGAUGAUUCCGAGUUCAUCAAGACGCUGUUCCCGACUGCAUACAAGACGCUCGGCGCGGCGUGUGGUUCUCUUAAUGCUCUCUUAAAACAUCUCUCCAGGGCAGCCGUUGCUCUGAUUUUUCAAGACACCGGUGCUCUGGUCGCCUGCAAACUGCCCAACACGAUGUGCCAGGCAGCUGCGCAAUAG